AUGGCUCACCACCACCAUAAUAACUCGAACCAUGGCGCCGCCGGCAGCUCGAGCAGUAGUCUGCAUCGCCCCACCUCUUCGUCCGCAAAGACAACACCCAUGCAUGACGACUCCGACGCAGGGCGCUUGAUUCCAAUAAACCAGCCCGCACUCGCAAUCGAUUAUCUUGGCAAUGGCUGGCAGAACGAAGACGAUAUUGCACAAUCCUGGAAGUUCAUGACCAAGCAGAAGAACGACCUGAUCAAUGGCCUGCGCCUCGAGAACGCUUCCUGGCGCAACUGGGCUAAACAGCGACAUAACCUCCAGACCAUAAGUCCCAAGGCUUUGAAUUGGCUCAAGGACAGCGAUACAACAUGGCUCUACGGUCCGCUCUACAAGGCUGCCAUCGACGAGUUCGACAUGUCCCGCUUUGGGUCAGAAACUCUCACUAGCACCGCAUCCCCCGGCAUUGGCACGGUUAGUAUGCCCACCACGCCCACAAAAGAGCUCCCCAACGGCUUACAGUCCUCUGCAAAGAAGGCCCUCAAGCCAGUUCUUAAACAUAAGACCGCAUCAGAGCUCUUCAAAGCCGAUACUCUCUUCCAUGUUCAAUCCGACCUCAAACUCGCACGUAGGAUCCUGCCUCAGCACAAGGCUAUUGAGAGUGCAGUCUUCAAGGAGCACAGGCAGCCGAAGCUGAGGUUUAAUGACUCGGUGGAACAAUGUGUCUCGAUCGACACGGAUACCAUAUCGGAGGAAGAGGAAGAGGAUGAUGACGAUGAAGAUGAAGAUGAGGAAGGUGAGGAGUAUAUCCAACCCGAAAACGAAGACGGCAACGGAGACGAAGGAACAACGAGUAUGAAUCGGCGACGACGACAGGAGAACGAAGACGAGGACAGCGGGAUUAUGAUGCGUAUUUCGGCUAGAAAGCCAGUGCAAAGUAUCGUCCGUAUCGAUCCUACACGACUCAAGGCUGCAAACCUGCAUGGUAUGGAUCCGGAAGACAUUAUAAGCCCUAUUGACGGUGAUUUUGACGGUGAUAACGGCGACUCUGACAACAGUGGCGGUAAUGACGACGAUGUUGACGACGAUGUUGACGACGAGUUGGAAGAGGAAGACGAGGAGAUGUUUGAUGAACCGAUUUACCUUGGGAACCCAUACACUGGAUCCGAAACCGGCUACACAGGCAAAUAUACUACUCGACCGGGAUCCGGGUUGGACUACGCAGAACACGCCGACGAGGCUACAGUCGCUGAAACCCUCGCCUCCUUCAUCUUCGAUUGUAUCAUCCGCCCCAACACACCCAGCCCCAGUCUCAAUCCCAGUUCCAGUUCCAGUUCCAGUCCCAGUCCUAGUCCCAGCCUCAGUUCCGACCUCAGUCUCAGCUCCAUCUCCAUCUUCAUCUCCAGCUCCAACUCCAGCUCCAGCCCCAUCGCCAUCCGCAUCCCCGUCAAUAUCAACAUCGGUCACUUCGACAUAUGUCGAACACGUUGGUCGUCAGCGCUAUUCACCUGCUGA